GAAAGGACAGCGUUUGUGCAAUUUGUUUGGUUGUGGAUGUUGUUCUUUCUCAAAAACAUUCAUAAUAUAUUUCUUUUUAAAUCUCUACAUGGUUUUUCAUUUCCUACUGCUACAGUUGAGUGUCUCGUCCUCGAUAAAUAUGAACCUAUCAAACCUUUUUGACUUAAAAGCUGGACGUUUCCUCUAUUUUAAAUCUUGUAGACGAAACCUUAUUAACUUUAUUAAAGUGCAUAACUCACCCUUGUCUGAUAAAAUUGUUCGUUUCGGACUCUUUGAAACCAACCUUCUCUUUUGUACUCCUUGUUCUUCAGUCUCUUUGUUUUACUUUGAGUAUUACUUACGAAGACAUAUAGCCUCAAAUUCGAUUUCAGACAAUACAUAUUCUUUGUCUUUGGGUUUUUUGUUGGCAUAAACUCUUAAUUGUUUAUGGGGUUGAUUAUCCAUAGUUGGGUCAAUCGUUUGCCAUUCUUUCAUGAAAGCAAUUUCCAGAGAAUGAACGAUUUCAAGUACGUCCACUUUAAAGACAUCAAUCAAUCUUUAAAUAUACUAGGUGAAAACUUAACUAUACUAAGCCAAACUAAACGAUACAUCCGUUUCCUCAAAAUCUAGUAUUGGUCACUCAACUAUUGAUACGAUCAUGAAUUCGAAACUUCCAAAUUAUAGUAUGAUCGUGUAACGUGUGAGAGUGAGAGUGCUUUACGCUAGUUUUACAUGUGACAUAUUCCUGUUUCCUCUUGUCACUCCUUUAUUCGAUGAAAGUUCUAUAAUUCCAGUUUGUAGGGGCGUUUCGAAUCUCGUUAUUUAAUGGAAAUGAUAUUGUCUGACUUCAUAAAAAGAGAAAAAUUUUGUUAGUUUUUUUCAAGGGUUUAAAAAAACAGGUAAAUUUAUUUACAAAAGUCUUGAAUUCGGUAAUAUUUGUACAAUUUUACCGUUUCAAAAUGGCAUGACAUAAACGGCUUGUAGGUGUACCCUCCCUUGUCGAGAACCAUUUUAGUGAGGAAGCUCCAUAUUUUCUUAGUUCAGUUUCUACAUUUCCUCCAUCCUCUUCCUUUUGCCUAUUUCCUUCAGCUAAGUGAAUCAUAGUUAAAGGAAGCUAUAUCCUCUUUAUUCCAAAGGAAUUAUUCUAAAUACAACUCUGUUAAAUCACUGCUACUUACUUGACCCUACGUCCCGUUUAAAAAAAAAAAAAAAGGAAUUCGUUGGCUUGAAAGAGCUAAGAGGAUUAAACAAAUUCUAUAACUGUUUUCAUUUCUAUUAGUUUGGUAUAUAAUCAUUUUUUGACUGGUUCGAUUUGUAGAAGGAAGUUGAAUAUUGGAUGCUUGAAUUGUUUAUGUGGAAUUGAGUUUCUUCCAUACCUCAAUUUGUCUUGCAGUUUCUAUCGUUUAUUCCUACAAUUGGAUGUUUUUUGUUUGAUUUAUCAUUGUUGAAGGUACUAUUUUUUGAUAUCCGCGGUACUUUCCAGCUAGGCUAAUUUUAUCAGCAUCAAGCCCGACUGUUUAUACAAACGCCAAAGCUUGUGAAUUAUUUUCUUUUCUUCUCUAUUAAGUUGUAUGAUAUUUCUUUUUCCCAUUCUUUUUCUUUAACCCGUUAUUGAGUGUCAUUUUACUUUUACUUAACGCAACUUUUUUUCCUUAAUAUUUUUAUCCUAACGACCAUUUCUUUCUGAUUGUUUCUCUUCUUCUUAUUCCUCUUUUGAUCUUUUCUGUUUCUCAUCUUUCUUUCUUACUACCUAUUUUUUUUGUUGUCUAUUGUCUUCUAUUUGUCUCUAUUGCCAGUUUAAAUAACCAUGUAUGCUACUGUGAAAUCAAACGCAAAACUUUCUGAUGGAUUAAAUGAAAACGUCCCUUUUCAGUUUUCUUCCGGAUAUGCGGAUGGCCGUCCAAGCCUUAUUUCAAGUGGAUCUCCUCGUGAAAACAAACUUCCUUCAUUGUCACCAUAUUCCCAAUCUUCUGGAAGUGAUGAUCACUCCGACCACUCUACAUCGUUUUUUAAUCCAUUUCCAUCUUUCCAGAAGUUGUCUUUGAAUCAAGACAUAACAGACGGGGGAUCUCUGAACAAUUCUCACUCUUUCCGCAACAAACACCUGCCGAAACCGCCUCUUUCUUCUUUAACAAAUUUACAGGACCCCGUGUUUUCUAACUAUUUCGGUGGCGUUGAACCCCCGUUUCACUCCAAAAGCUUUGUUGAUUCGAAUAGCAGAUGCAAUGCACUUAGUCAAGAUGCUACUACUCCCUCUAAGGUCAAUAUGUACGGUCAGCUUGGUUCUGAUUCUGCUAUUCGUUUUCCGCAUUCAUUACAAAACUCCGUUCCGCCUUUACAGACAGAUUUCGGCAGAACCCUCUCCACCGGUAUUUCUCACACACCUUCAAGCGGGAUUUUACCCCGCCAUACUCGAGCUCACUCUGAUUUUUGGAAGCCUGUUAAUCGACGGGCUGUCCGUCAUAUGUCGCACUCUUCCGUCGGCGAUAUGACAAGUAUCACGCAAGCAGCUCCGUUAGGUACCUUGCCAAAUUAUAAAGAAAAUCUGGAUGCGAACUUUCUUUCUCCUCCUAGCAAGGUUAACGAGCGGAAUUCGAUUUCUGUUACAUCCCCGACUCUUGCUUCUGACAUUUCACCAACUGCGAAGUCCGAUCGUACUUGUGUACCUUUUGUUUCGAGUCAGUCGUUCUUCCCCAUCCCUAAUUCAUCGGUAAAACGAAAUGUAUCGGAUUCUGCAAGACCUUAUGUAAGUGUGAGCCCAGAUUUUUCCCCAGCAGAUGGUUUCGGUAGUAUUUCAUUUGAUGGUAACCCAACUCCUUAUUCAACCUUGAGUGUUGAGGAUCAGUUUCCUAAGGAGAAUCAUGGAUCUGCCUAUAUCUCACAUUCAAAGUUGCUGCAAAUCUUUCAUAAUAACAAAAAGAAGCGUUUUGAACUUUCUGAUAUAUUAGGGAACGUUGUUCUUUUCAGCAGUGACCAAUAUGGUUCAAGGUUUAUACAGCAAAAGUUGGCAACUUGUACUGAAGAAGAAAAAGAGGCUGUUUUCGAAGAGAUUGUUUCUGAUAACUGUUUACAACUUAUGAUGGACAUUUUUGGGAAUUACGUUAUUCAGAAAUUUCUGGAGUACGGAAAUGCUGAACAAAAGCAGCUUUUAGUUUCUAAAAUUAAGGGCCACACGUUUAUUUUAGCCGUUCAUAUGUACGGUUGUCGUGUCGUACAGAAGGCUAUAGAACACAUUUCGGCAGAACAACAAAUUGAAAUUAUUAGUGAACUUGAUAGCCAUGUUUUGGAAUGCGUUUGUGAUCAAAACGGAAAUCAUGUUAUUCAAAAAUCUAUUGAAUGCAUAGACUCGGAAAGACUUGAUUUUAUUUUUGAUGCUUUACGACCUCAAAUACACGUGUUGUCUGCUCAUCCUUAUGGCUGUCGAGUAAUUCAACGAAUUAUUGAAAAGUUUACAUAUAAACGACAACUUAUUAUCAAGGAUCUUCUCCCUUAUUCUUUACAAUUGACCCAAGGUCAGUAUGGCAACUAUGUUGUGCAGCACAUACUGAAAGAAGGUUCUGAGAAGGACAAGAAAUUUGUGUUUAACUUAAUAGCUAAAAAUCUGCUAUAUUUGAGUUGUCAUAAAUUUGCAUCAAAUGUUGUUGAAAGAUGUAUCUCUUACAUCUCCGAGGAUGAUCGUGCCUAUAUCAUCCAGAAGACACUGACCGAGAAAGUUGACAAUGUUAGCAUUUUAAUGUUGAUGAUGAAGGACAAGUACGCGAACUACGUGGUUCAAAAGCUUUUGGAGGCUUCUAACGAUAAAGAGCGGGAUUUGCUUAUCUCAUAUAUAUAUCCACAUAUUGCAACUCUUAAAAAAUACACUUAUGGUAAACAUCUAAUUAUGUCUGUUGAACGAUAUCGCCAGAAAGCGCGUAUUGAUAAUUCAAAGGAGUUAAAACAUGAGAGAAGCAGCUAAUAUCGAGAGGCGUGUGAAUAUGAACGAUUUCGGUUUCUUUACGUUUGUUCGGAAGCAUUUUGUAUAUAAGUUAAAGGAUUUUUGUAUUUAAACGACAUUUAUGAUACCUCUGCUACGAUAUUAUGGAUUUGGCUUAUUUACGAGAACAUAACUAUGGUUAUCACCACGAAUACUCUUUAUUUCAUGUGUUUAUAUCACAAUUUUUUUAGCAUCAUAUGACGACGCCGCAUCCAACUCCGAUAUUUCAUGGAUUCUUGCCUUAUAUACGAUUACGAACAUUAAUUUUUUAGACAAAAUGAAUUGACUAUAGUAUCGAAUUUUUUC